CCGACAGCCGCUUCCGGGCUCAAGCGACGCGUUUCGCGGACGGAGAAAAACCCCGUGGAUUUGGGGGGGCCGCUCCCCAGAGCCGCGAUGGCUACCUACAGCUUGGCGAACGAGAGGCUCCGCGCCCUGGAGGAUAUCGAACGGGAAAUCGGCGCCAUUCUCCAGAAUGCAGGUACUGUGAUCCUGGAACUGUCCAAGGAAAAAACCAACGAGCGGCUCCUGGACCGGCAGGCGGCGGCCUUCACGGCGUCGGUGCAGCACGUGGAGGCGGAGCUGUCGGCUCAGAUCCGCUACCUCACCCAGGUGGCCACGGGGCAGCCCCAUGAGGGCUCCAGCUACUCUUCGAGGAAGGACUGUCAGAUGGCCCUGAAGCGGGUGGACUACGCUCGCCUCAAGCUCAGCGAUGUGGCCCGAAUCUGUGAGCAGUUGCUGGAAAACUAGGCCGACCAGGCAGAGCGACAGCUUGGAGGAAGGCCACCACACGGCACCCGGGACAAAACCCGGAGACCUGUAGCGUGGGAAGUCGGGGCUGCCACAUACCGGCCCUGCUGGGCAGAGUAUCUGAGGACAAAGGGGCAGAAGGUGGGGACGGAGACACUUGGAGAUCAAGCCGGCCCGCGACGAUGCCCUGGCCCUUCCAGCAGGUACACACCACGAAAGUGCUGACGAGCUCAGACAGAGAUUCAGACACCCAGCACACUUCCUCAAACACCCCGUGUCCCUACCCCGGGUUUCUGCAGACUGGACCAAUGAAGACACAUUCUUCUUCCCAUUGAACGAGAUAAAAGAAGAACUAGGGGUUUUAAUAAUAAAAACAACAGCA